AUGGAUCAACAGAAUCAAUCUGAUGGUUUAAUAUUACCCCCAAUUCACAAUUCGAAUGAUCAAUUAGAUAACUAUCCUGGUAAAAAAUCAUCUGGUAAUAAUUCUACUAAUACUGGUGUGGCUAUCGAUCCAAUGGCGGAAAUUAUUAACGAUGGUGUCCAUCAAUGGGUACCCAUUCAUUUAUUAAAUAAAAAUAGAUCAAAUUGUUGGACUCAUUUUCUUGGUGUCACUAAGAGGUUGGAAAUGGUUAAAUGUAAACAUUGUGGUACUAUCAUUGAGAGAUCAAAUAAUCCAAAUGAAAAAUCAUCAAAUAAAAAAUUUCAAAGACAUUUGAGAAAACAUAAGAUUGAUCCAAGUGUCAAUUAUUAUGGUACCAAUUUUCCUCAUGGCAGGUCGCCUUCCUCUUCCAAUGAAUUCCAUGAAGAUGACGAUCAGGAUGAUGAAGUAAUGGUCGAAGAUGAAGAUGAAAAUGAUGAUGAAGAAGAGGAGGAGGAGGAAGAGGAGGAAGAGGAACAAAUUCCAGAAGAUGAAAAUACAAAUAAUAAUCAGACUAUUAAAAGUCUAGAAAAUGACUAUGAGGACGAUGAGGGAAUAGAAGAUGAGGAUAUUGAUAAUGAUAAUGGGAAGAAUCAACAAAAUAAAUUAAAAAAUGUAAAUUUGAAACCGUUACAAUCUUUUUCAAGAAGUUAUUAUGGCGGUGACCAUUCCGAUGACGAUGAAAAUCAACUCAAUGGCAUGAACUCAUUGAUUGAUCAUGUGAAAUCUACCACUAGAUUGCCAACAGAUUUGGAAACUAUUAAUAGAGCAAACGAAAGAGAGCUGUCCUUCCCAACCUCGAAAUUAUUAGCAAUAAUUAUCGCCUCAGAAAAUUUAUCUUUAUCAUUUGGUAACAAUUCUGUCAUUCGUAUGUUACUCUCCAAAAAUUCCUUCUACAAUUCAAAUCCAAUAAUAAUUAAAGAAUCUAUACUACUCCUCUCCUACCAAAUUGAUGACAUGAUCAAGAGAACUACGGCAAGAAGUUCAUCAGAUUCACAAUUAAUCAUAGAUUUAAAUUCUUUGUCUCAGAAUAAUAACAAUGAAAGAUCAAAACAAUUGCUUAAUAAAAUAAAAUCACAUUUAUUCGAACUGAAUAACGCUAUGUUCUUUUCCUUAGCAAAUUCAACUUGGAACAAAAAUAUUUCCAUCCUAUCAUUACAAUUUUUUGAUCAAUUUUCAAACUCUGUAAAAUCAAUUCCUCUUACAGUAGAUAAAAUUACCUCAAAUUCUUUAUUAUCCCAAGUAACUGUAAGAUCUCAAUUGUUAAAAACUUACCAAAAUGUCCCAGGUUUACAAAAUUCAAUACUCUCAAUCACUUUACCACAAGAUAAAAUUAAUAAUCUUUUGCAAUUAGAUGAUCAAGAAUUUUUCCCAAAUUUCAAAAAUCCAAAAGAUUUUUACCAUAUUUGUAUGAUCUCAUCUUUGAAAAAUGCCAUAUUACCUUUCUUCGGUCAUUGUGAUACUGAUCCAAUUGAAUCAACAUCAUCCAAAUUCAAUAAUCAAAAUUUACCUUACGAUAAAGAAAAUGAAAUUUUAGAUUCUGUUGUAGAUGUAUCAAAUGUUAAUAUCACAUCUUCAAUAUUCCAUAAGAUAAACACAUUUUACGAUGGAAUCAUGGCAGAUCCAUGGUUAUUAGAUAGGUUCAAAGAAUUAUCAAAUGAACAUCUUGAUGAAUCAAGUUCAGAAUUCAUUUUUUUCAAUACAGCGAAAUAUUCAACUGCAGAAUUAUGUCUAAGAAGAUUCAUGGAAAUUCGUCCUAUCAUACCAUUAUUGGAGAAAAAUGUAGACCACGAAAAAUUCAGUGAUAUUGACUAUAUUAUUGUCGAGGUACUUCUUGACACUAUCGAAUCAAUUAAUAAAUUAAUUCUUUUCUUUGCUUCAAACAAUUCUUUAAAUUUCAUUUACGUCCUCUUUGCCCUGAUCUCAAUAGAAAAACACCUUUCCUCCACUUUAGGUAGUAUCCAAUUGAGAAGAUUAAUCACGCCAAUAGAAGGAGUACUAGAUAAUAUUAAAAAAAUUAAACAAGAGCUUGUAUCAGAUGAGUUUGUAUUAUUAUCAAUGUUUCUGUGUCCAGCUGUUUUAUUUGAGAGAGAUAUCUUGGAAUAUGCGUUCAAGACAGUCUCUUUAUCAGAAAUUGUUAAUAAAGUAUCACAAACCAUUUUCCGCUCAUUGAAUAAGUUUGUUAACAUUGAGACUGUAGAACAAAAUGUGGUAAGCACAAUUUCUACAAAUGGUGAAGAAGAUGCUUCACAUCUUGAGAAUUCUUCAGCACAAGAAAGUAGCGGACAACAAAGGAAUAGAGUACCAUAUUCUGAAUUGCCAUUAUUUGCCAAGGAUGUACACCAAGCAGUAUCUGAAGAAACUAAGGAUUUGUUACUCAAAGUUAUUCAAGAAGAUCUGUACGAUUACUUAAAUACAGUUAACUCAGUAGUACCAUUUUCAUACAAAUCAUAUUGUGAAAGAAGUGGGUUUGCUAGAGACAAUGGAAUUUUCAAAAGAACAGUCACAUUUGAAGAUGAAGACGGUGUUUCAAUAACUGAUGAAGAGGAAAUAAAUUUCAUUGAUCAAUUGAUGGAUAUUCACGUCCCCGUUUGUAAUGCCUUCUGGGAUCAAUACCUACAUAAUAACGCUGGUAUGGUAAUUAGAAUCUUAUUGAAAAUGAUAAGGACACAAUCGGCAUCUUCAAUCAGAUGCGAAUAUUCAUUUUUAAAAGAUUUUGUUCCAAAACUGGGUGAUGAAUUUCUCGAACCGGUUGUUAAAAUAAAAUUAUUUAAUGAACAGUUUGCAGCCGGUAAAAUUGAUUUUGAGAUAGACACUCUACCAACCGCUUGCCAAUAUGAAAAAAUUUAA